UGGACUUUGAGGAAGUGUCGGAUAAUUUCGCUUUAUCAAUAUUUCAGCUGACGAGCAACGAUGGACAAGUUGCGAAGAGUAUUAAGUGGUCGAGAGGAGAAUGAAGAAAUGGGACUAACAGCACAGGUCCUGGAUGGCUCGACACUCAGUUUCAGCACACGGCUGAAGUGGUUCAUCAUUUGUUUCGCAGGUGGAAUCCUUUGCUCAAUUCUUGGAACUGCACUCCUCUUCCUGCCUAAAGCUGGAAUUAAACUUUUUGCCGUAUUCUACACCCUCGGAAACAUUGCAGCACUUUCAAGCACCUGUUUCCUGAUGGGUCCAGUUAAACAGCUGAAGCGUAUGUUUGAGCCCACUAGGCUUAUAGCCACCAUUUUGGUGCUGCUUUUCCUCGUGUUGACGUUAUGUGCUGUGUUUUGGUGGAACAAAAAGGGUCUGGCGAUCAUCUUCUGCAUUUUGCAGUUCUUGGCCAUGACAUGGUACAGCAUUUCCUACAUUCCUUUUGCACGGGACGCUGUUAUCAAGUGCUGCACCACAUGUUUGAGCUAAAGAAUCCAGUAUUUCCAUCUGAAGACGGGUCCUUCAUAACGAGAGUAAACAAAAAUCAAACAAACAACACCAUAAAGGAAUUGUUUUUCUUUUAUAUUAGAAUCUGCCACAUUUCUUCAUGACCUUUUCAAAAGCAUGUCAUAUUUUGUCCUAAUUUUAAGUGAAUAUUGUGUAAUAUAUAAGGGUUAGUUCACCCAAAAGUAAAUUUGCUCAAUUUAAUGCAGUGUUUCUCAACCACAUUUCUGGAGGACCACCAACACUGCAUGUUUUGGGUGUCUUCUUUGUCUGUCACACCCAUUACAGGUUGUUCAGUCUCUGCUGAUGAUCUGAUGCUUUGAAUCAGAUGUGUUUGGUUAAGAAGACAUGGAAAAUGUGCAGAGCUGGUGGUCCUCCAGAAACGUGGUUCAGAAACACUGUUUUAAUGAACUUUCACUUUUCACAAACCAGUUCGAGUUGCUUUUUUAUGUUGAACACAAAAGAAAGCUGGAAACCUGUAACCAUUUACUUUCAUAGUAUUUGUUCUUCAUACAAUGGAAGUCGAUGGUUACUGGUUUUUAACAUUUUUCAAACUAUCUUCUUUAGUGUUCAACAGUGGAAAGAAACUCUUCAGUGUGAGUAAAUGUUCAUUUUUGGGAUGAACUAUCCCUUUAAGAGUGAGUUUGUAAUAUUUGAAUAAAUUACAAGCCUUACUUUUUUAUUUAGAUUUAUUUAAUGUUUUAUUUGUCGUUUUACGUAUGCUCUUUGCCUUUCAUUUCAUAAUCCGCCACAUUUUUCUUCAUCAUCAUCAUCAUCAUCAUCAUCAUAUUUAGUCAUAAUACCUGUCAAAAGACUUCAAACUCAGUUGUAAGAGCAGCAAAUAAUUACUUGACUUCUCGUUGAUCAUUUGGGAAAGUUGCAGAAGGUCGAUUUUUUUCUGCUGAAUCAUCUGUUGAGCUGCAUCCCAAUCAUCACAAAUACUGCAGAAGACCUACUGGCCAAGAUUCUCAUAGAAAUCAGUCAAGUUUGGUGAAGGAAAAAUCAUGGUUUGGGGUUACAUUCAGUAUGGGGGCGUUUGAGAGAUCUGCAGAGAGGAUGGUAACAUCAACAGCCUGAGGUAUCAAGACAUUUGUGCUGCCCAUUACAUUACCAACCACAGGAGAGGGACAAUUCUCCAGCAGGAUAGCGCUCCUGCUCAUACUUCAGCCUCCACAUCAAAGCUCCUGAAACCAAAGAAGGUCAAGGUGCUCCAGGAUUGGCCAGCCCAGUCACCAAACAUGAACAUUAUUGAGCAUGUCUGGGGUAAGAUGAAUCCAAAGAAUCUCUAUGAGCUCUGGAAGUCCUGCAAGAACGCUUUCUUUGCCAUUCCAGAUGACUUUAUUAAUCAGUGAUUUGAGUCAGUGCAGAGAUGUAUGGAUGCAGUCCUCCAAGCUCAUGAUGGAGUCAGACACAAUAUUCAUUCUGUUUCCACUGCAGCAUGAAUUUAUAUUUUAUACAUUAUUUCUGAUACGUUACAAGACUUUAGUCUAAGCAAAGUCAGACCUUACUGUCCUAUCUGAAUCAUUCAAAAUCAACUCAUGAUCAUAUUUUAUUUUGGUGAAAUAAGUGUAAUCUAGAGGCCUUUGCCAUUCAUAAAAGCCACUUCUGCUACCAAAUGAUCAACUAGAAGUCAACUUAUUAUUUGUUGUUCCUAAAACUUGGAUAGGCGACAAGACUUUAGUCAGGCAUAGUGUAUAAUACCUUCUUAAGUUAAGAUUGUUUCAAAUGUAAUAUUUGCAUAUGCAUUACAUUCAUCUCUUUCUAUUUACAAUUGUUUUAUGUAGGAUAAAUGCUUAACAGCUAAUAUAAUAUACUGCCAGUACAAACAGAGUGCAAGAAAGUGCCUUUUUAUGAUGUUUAUGAAUGAAAUAAAAUACUACUGUUCGCUUUUGUACAGAAAAAAAUGCAUUUCUACCAAAUAUAUAUUAACAAGAAAAACGUUUCACAUGAGCCUGUGCACCAAAUAAAUAACUGCUUUGUUCAUUUA